GCCUGUGUCUCUUUACAGCAACUGUGUGCCAGAAAUAUGGCUACGGACUGGCUCGGGAGCAUCGUGUCAAUUAAUUGUGGAGAAAGCUUGGGAGUCUACCAAGGACGAGUGUCUGCCGUGGAUCAGGUCGGCCAGACCAUUUCCCUGACGCGGCCCUUCCAUAAUGGGGUCAAGUGCCUCGUGCCAGAAGUCACCUUCAGGGCAGGUGACAUUACUGAGUUGAAAAUUCUGGAGAUCCCAGGGCCGGGGGACAGCAGACAAUGUGGGGAUCUGCAGCAAACAGAACUGGGCACCCCCGGCGUCGGAUGCCAAGUGGGUCCCAGUCAGAAUGGCACUGGGAAAGUGUUAAAGAAGCCCAUCUCCAGCAGUGCCCCGCAGAAUAUCCCGAGGAGAACGGACAUGAAGAAUCAGGAUAUUAUCAUCUCUCCACAGCAGCAGUGCUCCAAGAGCUACAUGGAUCGACACGUGGAGACGUUGACUCAGUCCAAAGGUUUCCGUCGUAGACACAACUCCUGGUCAUCCAGUAGCCGUCAUCCGAACCAAGUGACUCCGAAGAAGAGUGGCUUGAAAAACGGGCAAAUGAAGAGCAAAGAUGACGAGUGCUUUGGGGACGACAUUGAUGAAAUCCCAGACACAGAUUUUGAUUUUGAAGGGAACCUGGCCCUUUUUGACAAGGCAGCUGUGUUUGAAGAGAUUGAAACUUAUGAGAGGAGGAGCGGCACUCGUUCCCGGGGCACCCCGAAUGAGAAACCAGCUCGCUAUCGGCACGACGAGAACAUCUUGGAAUCGGAGCCCAUAGUCUACAGAAGGAUUGUCGUACCCCAGAACGCUAACAAAGAAUUCUGCACGGACUCCGGGCUGGUCGUUCCAAGCGUGUCUUACGAGCUUCACAAAAAGCUGCUCUCGGUGGCUGAGAAGCACGGGCUGACUCUGGAGCGAAGGCUGGAGAUGACAGGAGUGUGUGCGAGUCAGAUGGCCCUGAGCCUCCUCGGGGGACCCAACAGGCUGAACCCGAAGAACGUGCAUCAGCGGCCCACGGUAGCCCUGCUCUGUGGCCCCCACGUCAAGGGGGCGCAGGGGAUCAGCUGCGGACGGCACCUCUCCAACCACGACGUCCACGUCAUCCUUUUCCUCCCCAACUUUGUCAAGAUGCUGGAAUCCAUCACCAACGAGCUGAACCUUUUCAGCAAGACGCAAGGCCAGCAGGUGUCCAGCGUCAAAGAUCUCCCAGAUACCCCUGUUGACCUAGUGAUCAACUGCCUGGAUUGUCAUGAAAAUGCCUUUUUGAGAGAUCAGCCUUGGUACAAAGCCGUUGUGGACUGGGCCAACCAGAACCGGGCACCCGUCCUCAGCAUAGACCCUCCGAUAAAUGAAAUGGAGCAAGGCAUCGACGCCAAGUGGUCGCUGGCCUUGGGCCUGCCCCUGCCCCUGGGCGAGAGGGCAGGGCGUGUGUACCUCUGUGACAUUGGCAUUCCCCAGAAGGUCUUUCAAGAAGUGGGAAUAAACUACCACUCGCCUUUCGGCUGCAAAUUCGUCAUCCCCCUGCACUCCACUUAGAGCCCAUCCAGCCACACGGCUCUGAAGGGAGAGAAGAGAGAAGGAGGAGGUCUGUCAGAUAAGCUGUCCAGUGGAUCCUGACUAGUAAACUCAUGACGCCUUAAGGAUGUGAAGUUCUGAAGAGUUUUCCUUCCAGAAGGAACAUUGUGUAUUGAAAAAAAAAAAAAAAAAAAAAAGAAUAAUCCUAAAACAAGACAAAAAAAGAAGGAAGCAAAUGUUCCUGCAAAGCUGUUUUCAUUCUCUUGUGCCAUUGUAUGAAGGAAGACGCAGGAAGAUGGUGUCUGUCCCCGGUGAAGGCAGCUGCUGCUGCCCAGGCCUGGCCGGGAGGCUGUUUAAUGAGGGGGUGUACGUGGAAGUGGUACAAGUGACGGGUGGUUUGGAGAUUUGAGAUGUGUUUCCAUCCUUCUGGGCGGAUUGACCCAGCAAGGGCGUUCUGGUGGGAACAGCACCCCUGGAUUGUGUAGGAAUACCUUCUGUUGCAGUCAUACGGGGAGGGAGGAUUUGGUUUCGUUCCGUGGUUCUUUUUGACGCCCCCCUCCCCUGUUUUAUGUUCCUGAAGGCAGUUGUAGCUCGCUCUCCCUCCUGGACCCUCCAGCCCCUCAAGGAGAGCGUUCCCUCUUCGGAAGGCUUGUGUCAAGAGCCAGAAGCUCUCAGGUCACUCUGGGAACACUGAUGUCCUCAGCUAGGCCUUACUUGCUUAUAUACUCUGUUGGCUUUUUGUUUGUU